AUGAAGUGGAUAGGUCAAGCAUAUAACGUAUACGCCGUGUUCAUCGGCAUGACGUCAUAUGAAGCAACCGGUGGAAAGUUCAAGCAGUCGAGGCUUACUCAGAUAUAUUGUUUGGUUAUAAAUGCCAUCUGCUUGACUUUGCUGCCGAAGGCUUUCUGGCAAUCGGCCAAGCUAAUGAGUGCGGCGGAUUGGAUGCCUUCCUACAUGGCGUUCACUCCAUACAUUAUGUUUUCAACAAACUAUGCUGCUAUAGCCUACAUCCUGAUCUCGAGAUGCUACAGGGACUCCAUGUUGUUGGACUUGCAGCGCAUUACACUGGAAGUGAAUCGGGAAAUGUUGCGCACGGGAAAGAAAAUGAAUUCACUAAUUCGCCGAAUGUUUUUCCUUAAAACAUUUACAUUGACCUACUCGUGUUUGUCGUAUAUUCUGGCGGUUUUAGUUUACCAAUGGAGAGCUCAAAGCUGGUCUAAUCUUUUCAAUGGACUUCUGGUUAACAUCUCCCUAACUAUCCUGGUUGUCACCACAUUCUUCUACUUCGUCUCCCUAAUGCACGUGGCCAGAGGAUUUGACUUUGUCAACCAGCAACUGGAAGACAUCGUGUCCUCACAAUCGAUGGACUUCAAGAAGAAGGCGCACGAACUCCGCAGCCUGUGGGCUCUUCAUUCGAAUCUGAGUAAUACGGCCCGCAGGAUAAACAAACACUACGGUCCCCAAAUGCUGGCGCUACGAUUUGAUUACUUCAUAUUUUCUGUCAUCAACUGUUGUAUAGGCACGAUUUACUCGAAUUCCGACCAGGAGUCCUCCUUUGAAAAGUUUUUCGGAUCUCUACUUUAUUGGGCCCGGAGUGUGGAUUUUUUUCUGAACGACUAUAUCUGCAAUCUGGUCACCGAAUACCAAAGCCAGCCGAAGUUCUUUGCCACCGAGGGCAGCAUGAGCAACGAGCUGAGCUCCUACUUGAUCUAUGAGAGCAGCACUAGACUGGAUCUGUUGGUUUGUGGACUGUAUCCCGUUAAUAAAGCGAAAUGGUUGGAAAUGGUGGCCUCUAUUGUAGUCCACUCCAUCAUGCUGUUCCAGUUUCAUCUUGUCAUGCGAGGUGGUCACAGAAACCACUAG